CUCACCGCAUUCAGUGUUUGUUUGUCUGUGUGUCCCAUAGAUGUAACUGUCUAUACAUCACCAUCAUCAUCACCAUCAUCAUCACCAUCAUCAUCAUCAUCAUCAUCUGCAAAAUAAUGUGUGUCUUUCCCCCUCAUUCAGAGAAGCCGGCAGAGGAGGAGGAAGUCCAGGCUGCUGUAGAGUUGCCUCCUGAUGAGCAUGUACCAGGGGAGGAACCUCAGAUGUCCGAGCUGACCGGUCUAUUUGUGGAGAGGCCAGAGAGCGUCACAGCAACAAAAGGCAAGGACAUCACAUUUGUGGCUAAAGUGGACUCCACAAACUUAACAAGGAAGCCAACCAUGAAAUGGCUGAAGGGGAAGUGGCUCGACCUAGGUAGUAAAGCUGGAAAGCACCUGCAGUUCAAAGAGUCCUAUGACAGGAACACCAAGAUCUACACUUACGAGAUGAGCAUCAUCAAAGUAGUGGAUGGAGACGCAGGUGGCUACCGCUGCGAGGUCACCUCCAAAGACAAGUGCGACAGCUGCACAUUCGACAUCUCCGUGCAGGCUGUACAAGAGGAGCAGCAGGACAACAUCUUGGAGGCGUUUAAGCGAUCUGGAGACGCAGGUGAGGAUGCUGGUGACCUAGACUUCAGUGCGCUGCUCAAGAAAAGGGAGAAGAAACAGGAGGAGCCCAAAGAGGAAGUGGACGUCUGGGAGAUCUUAAAGGCGGCCAAGCCCUGCGACUACGAGAAGAUUGCCUUUCAGUACGGCAUCACAGACCUGAGGGGCAUGCUGAAGAGGCUGAAGAAGAUGAAGAUCGAGCCCAAAAAGAGUGACGCUUUCCUGAGGAAGCUGGAUUCAGCCUACUCAGUGGACAAGGGCAAGAGGAUCCAGCUCUCUGUGGAAGUGGCUGACCCCGACGCUCCAAUCAAGUGGCUCAAAAACGGACAGGAAAUCAAACCAUCAGCCAAGUAUGUGUUUGAGAGCGUGGGCAACAAGCGGACACUCACUAUCAACAAGUGCAACCUUUCGGAUGACGCAGCAUACGAGUGCGUGGUUGGGGAGGAGAAGUGCUUCACGGAGGUUUUUGUCAAAGAGCCUCCGGUCACCAUCACCAAGCUGCUGGAUGAUGUCCACACUGUGGUGGGUGAGAAGGUGGAGUUUGAGGUGGAGGUGUCGGAGGAAGGAGCCCACGUCAAAUGGAUGAAAGAUGGAGUUGAGCUGACUAAAGAAACUGCAGGUUCAAAGUACAGGUUUAAAAAAGAUGGGAAGAGGCAUAUUUUGAUCAUAAAUGAAGCCACUAAAGAGGAUAUUGGAAUGUACUACGCCGUCACUAACGGUGGAGAGUCGAAGGCAGAACUGGAGGUUGAAGAUAAGGAGCUGGAGGUUCUGCAGAGCAUAGCUGACCUGACAGUGAAGGCUGCUGAACAGGCCGUGUUCAAGUGUGAAGUGUCUGAUGAAAAAGUGACGGGAAAAUGGUUCAAGGACGGUGUUGAAGUCCAGCCCAGCGAUCGCAUCAAGAUGUCGCACAUCGGAAGGAUCCACAAGCUGACAAUUAAUGACGUGAAGCCUUCGGACGCUGGGGAUUACACUUUUGUCCCUGAUGGCUACGCUCUUUCUCUCUCUGCAAAACUCAACUUCCUGGAGAUCAAGAUUGACUAUGUUCCCCGGCAAGAUCCUCCCAAAAUCCACCUGGACACCAGCGGCUCUGGCAACAAGAACACCAUCAUCGUGGUGGCUGGGAACAAACUUCGCCUUGACGUUGAGAUCACAGGCGAGCCGGCCCCCACUGUGUGCUGGAUGAAAGGAGACCAAGUGGUGGCAGAGGCCGAGGGACGGGUCCGCGUAGAGACGAGGAAGACCCUGAGCAGCUUUGUGAUAGAGGGGGCGGAGAGAGAUGAUGAGGGCCUGUACACCAUCACCGUGACUAACCCUGCUGGAGAGGACAAGGCCGAAGUCAUCAUCAAGAUCGUGGAUGUGCCCAACCCUCCUGAGAAUGUCAAAUGCAUGUCAGUUGGCGAGGACUGUGCCACGAUCACAUGGGACCCUCCCUCGUUUGACGGCGGAGUUCCCAUUAAAGGGUACCUGAUGGAGAGGAAGAAGAUUGGCUCGUCCAGAUGGACCAAGCUCAACUUUGAUGUUUAUGAGUCGACCACGUACGAGGCUAAGAAGAUGAUUGAAGGCGUACUUUAUGAGAUGAGAGUGUUUGCAGUCAACGGCAUCGGCAUGUCUCAGCCAAGUGCAAACUCAAAGCCCUUCAUGCCCAUUGCCCCCACCAGCGAGCCCACUCGUCUCAUGGUGGAUGAUGUGACAGACACUACCUGUGCACUCAAGUGGCGUCCUCCAGAGAGAAUCGGAGCAGGCGGCAUCGACGGCUACAUCAUCGAGUACUGCAAAGAAGGAAGUGACCAGUGGGUGCAGGCUAAUGAGGAACCAGUGUCAAAGAACCAGUACAGGGUGAAGGGUCUCCCAGCGGGGGAGAAGAUGCUGUUCAGAGUAGUGGCUGUCAACAUCGCUGGGCGCAGCCCCCCCGCCACCCUCGCCCAGGGCGUCACUAUCAGAGAGAUCAUGGAGAAUCCAAAGAUCCGCCUGCCUCGCCAUCUGAGAACCAAACUCAUCACGCUUGUGGGCGAGAAGGUGAACUUGGUCAUCCCCUUCCAGGGUAAGCCUCGCCCCGUCGUGACCUGGUUCAAAGAUGGCGUUCCCCUGGACGACAAAACGGUGGGAACUCGCACCAGCGAGGUGGACACCAUCCUCUUCAUCCGCACGGCAGAGAGAACCCACUCCGGGAAGUACACGCUGUCUGUUCAGAUUGAGAACAUGUCGGACAGCGCUGACAUACACAUCCAGGUUGUAGAAAAGCCUGGUCCUCCCAUCGCUGUGCAUGUCACAGACGUGUGGGGUUUCAACGCUGCGCUGGAGUGGAAGCCGCCCAAAGACGACGGCAACUGUGAGAUUAUCGGCUAUACCAUUCAGAAGGCUGACAAGAAGACUAAGGAGUGGUUCACGGUCUAUGAGCACAACCGCAGGCCCAGCUGCACUGUGUCUGACCUGGUCAUGGGGAACGAGUAUUCCUUUCGAGUGUUCAGCGAAAACAUCUGCGGCCUCAGCGACGAGGCCGGCAUCAGCAAGAACACCGCCGUCAUCGCUAAAACAGGUUUGGCCUUUAACCCUCCACCCUUCAGAGAGAAGGAUAUGAACACAUCCCCCAAAUUCACAGCGCCCCUGGUGGACAGAACUGUGGUUGCAGGUUACGCUGCUGCCAUCAGCUGUGCUGUCCGUGGCUACCCCAAGCCAAAGAUCAUUUGGAUGAAGAACAACAUGAUCAUCGGUGAGGACCCCAAGUUCCUGAUGCAGAACAACCAGGGCGUGUUGACUCUGAAUAUUCGCAAGCCGAGCCUGUUUGACGGGGGCCGAUACUCCUGCAGGGCCAUCAACGAUCUCGGGCAGGACGAGGUGGAGUGCAAGCUGGAGGUUCGAGUUGUACAAGAAAAAGGAGAGGAGGCGAAAAAAUGAGCGACAGCACGAAACAGCAGAGGAUACAGUUGAACAGGAAUAGUAAUGGAUUAUGUAUAACGGGAUAGUCAUGAAUAAAUAUGAUUAGAAUAGAUCACUGGUGAAGCUCUAAAGCCAAUCCCCCUGCCCCCCCUUUCUCUCCUAUAUGCUUGCCUUUCAUUGCUGCCAUGACGAAUGCCACUUCAGUAAUAUGCCAUAAAUUCUUACAGCAAGCUGCCACCUUGUCACUUCCUGACGGAGAGACGCCACAGAGUAGUGUAGUAGCACUGCCCCGCUGUGACCACACACAGAUGGAUCCUUCUUAUCUGUGAAGUGGACCUGUCACUGAGCACACUUAUAAAACAGCCUUUCAUCCA